UAAGCGGGCGCGAGCGAGUUGGGGCUCCGGGUGGGCGGCGGCAGCAGCGGCGCCACGCGCAGGCUGGAGGCCGCCGAGGCUCGCCAUGCCGGGAGAACUCUAACUCCUCCAUGGAGUCGGCCGACUUCUACGAGGUGGAGCCGCGGCCCCCGAUGAGCAGCCACCUCCAGAGCCCCCCGCACGCGCCCAGCAGCGCCGCCUUCGGCUUUCCCCGGGGCGCGGGCCCCGCGCCGCCCCCAGCCCCACCUGCUGCCCCGGAGCCGCUGGGCGGCAUCUGCGAGCACGAGACGUCUAUAGACAUCAGCGCCUACAUCGACCCGGCCGCCUUCAACGACGAGUUCCUGGCCGACCUCUUCCAGCACAGCCGGCAGCAGGAGAAGGCCAAGGCGGCCGCGGGCCCCGCGGGUGGCGCCGGCGACUUUGACUACCCGGGGGCCCCAGCGGGCCCCGGCGGCGCGGUCAUGUCCGCGGGGGCGCACGGGCCGCCUCCCGGUUACGGCUGUGCGGCGGCCGGCUACCUGGACAACAGGCUGGAACCCCUGUACGAGCGCGUCGGGGCGCCCGCGCUGCGGCCGCUGGUGAUCAAGCAGGAGCCCCGCGAGGAGGACGAGGCGAAGCAGCUGGCGCUGGCCGGCCUCUUCCCCUACCAGCCGCCGCCGCCGCCGCCGCCGCACCCGCACGCGUCUCCCGCGCACCUGGGCGCCCCACACCUGCAGUUCCAGAUCGCGCACUGCGGCCAGACCACCAUGCACCUGCAGCCCGGCCACCCCACGCCGCCGCCCACGCCCGUGCCCAGCCCGCACCCCGCGCCCGCGUUGGGUGCUGCGGGCCUGCCGGGUCCCGGGGGCGCGCUCAAAGGGUUGGCUGCCACGCACCCCGACCUCCGCACGGGCGGCGGCGGCGGCGGUGCCGGAGCCGGUAAGGCCAAGAAGUCGGUGGACAAGAACAGCAACGAGUACCGGGUGCGGCGGGAACGCAACAACAUCGCGGUGCGCAAGAGUCGAGAUAAAGCCAAGCAGCGCAACGUGGAGACGCAGCAGAAGGUGCUGGAGCUGACCAGUGACAAUGACCGCCUGCGCAAGCGGGUGGAACAGCUGAGCCGUGAACUGGACACGCUGCGGGGCAUCUUCCGCCAGCUGCCGGAGAGCUCCUUGGUCAAGGCCAUGGGCAACUGCGCGUGAGGCACGGGGCUGCGGGACCGCCUUGGGCCGGCCCCCUGGCCGGGGACCUGGAGAAUGAUUUCGGGGUCGCUGGAUCUCUAGGCUGCCCCAGCCAUGAAAGCCAGGACUAGGAGAUUCCGGUGUCGUCCGAAAGCUUGGCCUACUCCGCGUGUCCCCUCCCUUCCUCUGAGCCGGACUCGGUGGUGCGUCUAAGAUGAGGGAGUCAGGCCGCGAUUUUCUCCUUGAAACCGGGCGACUUUUCCGCGGAGCUGAGCUGGGAGCCCGUCCAUUCUAGUAUUAAGGAAGUAACCCUGUGCCUUGGAUACUCAAAACUCGCUCCUUUUCCUACCGAGUAGGGGGAGCAAACAUGUGCCUUGAUAUUUUAUUUGGAGGAUUCCUGCCUCUGAGG